UUUAAAGAAAGCGAAAGAAGGUACGCCGACCCGAACCCCAUCGCGACGAGGUUCGCCGCGACGUCCCCCCUCUCUUCUCUUGGCUAAAUCUCCCGCCGCCGGUGUACCUCGGUCGCUCCGUCGCCGGAGGCGCGAGAGGAAGGGGGAAAGAUGAAGACGACUAAGGGAGGGAAAGUCAUGAAUCCCACCGACGCCUUCCGCAAGGAGCAGCGCAGGAAGGAGCUUAAGCGGAACAAAAAAGAAAGAAAGAAGGUACGGGAGGUUGGUAUUUUGAAAAAAGACCCAGAUGCUAUAAAGGAUCAGAUUGAGAAGUUGGAAAAGAUGAAGGCCGAUGGUGCUCUGGAUAAGGCUAGGAAACAUAAGAAAAGACAGCUUGAGGAUACUUAUAAUCUUGUUGUGAAGAAAAGGAAGGAAUAUGAAGAAAAGAUGAAAGAAAAGGGUGAGCAACCAGUUAUGUUCAGCCAUCUUGGACCACCAAAGAGACGGCCUGCAGCAGAUGAAGACGACAGAGCUAAAAACCCUAUGCCUGAGGAUUCUGUUUACUAUCACCCAACCUUGAACCCAUCUGGGGCACCACCACCUGGCAAACCUCCUAUGUACAAAUCAUCGAUAGGACCAAGGAUUCCACUGCCUUCCUCAGUUGGUGCUGGGGCUUCAUCUUCCAUGACAGAAUCUGAAGAAGCAGGUCCUUCCACCAUGCCCCCUCCUCCACCGCCCCCUCCACUGCCAGCCUCUUCAGAACCUUCAGAUCUAUCUGUCCCUUCUUUACCUUUACCCCCACCACCGCCCCCACCCCCACCUAAGCCUGCUGGCGCUGUAAUAGCACCAGGCUUACCGCUGCCACCUCCACCUCCUCCUCCUGGUGCACCUCCCAGAGAACCUGUGUUAGAUCAUACAUUACUGCCACCACCUCCUCCUCCACCACAGCGGCCUUUGCAACAACCACCUCUACCUGGUACAAAUGAGCUGCUUAAUAAACAAACUGUUGGAGAGGGUGCAAGCUCGGCAGAUUCUACAAAGGCUCCAGUUGGGCUACCUCCACCUCCACCUCCCCCUAGGUUGCCACCGAACUCAAAUGAAAUGCAGGCUACUGACAAUACUGCUAUGGAUACUCCUGUUGUGAAAGAAGAUGCUAAAAUUUCAAGGUUCUUACCACCACCACCUCCACCGCAUCCAUCGCAGUUUCUGCCUUUGCCUCCAAGGCCUCCAAUGAUGCCUCCAGUACAACCUGAUAUUCUAAGUCCAGGUUUGGUCAGAUUUCCUCCACCACCGUCACAACCAGAUUCAAGGCCACCAUUUAUGGCUCCUGGUGUUGCUGCCAGGCCCCCUCCACCUCCUCCAGCAUUACCUCCAGCUCAAAUGCCAAUGGCACCCUUUGGUGUACUUCCUGGUCCGCCAGCAAUGCUUGGGCCUCCAUUUUUUCCAGGACCCGAAUUUGCUGCUUUUGGCCCAAGGCCGCAGUUACCUCAGCAGCCAUCUUACGUCAAAUCGGCUGCUUCAACAGUUGUAAAGAGACCAUUAGCACAACAUACUCCUGAGCUAACAGCUAUGGUUCCUGCAUCAGUUCGAGUUAAGAGAGAAUCCGCUCUCCCUAAACCAAAACCAAAGGCGCAGCAGCAGCAGCAGCAGCAGUCAUCUGCACCAUCAUAUUCUGCUCUGAAGCCUUCAGUAACCCCCAUAAAAUCUGCAGCCCAGUCUUCACCCUCAGCUUCUAAGCCACAAAGCAUUGAUGACUCCUACAUGGCAUUCCUGGAGGACAUGAAGCAACUGGGUGCCCUCGAUGAGUAGCUCAGCAUCCAGUCCCUUCUCCCUGAUGGCUGUCAGCAGCUUGUUCAUGAACCUGAACCUGAACAUGAUUCUGUUCUUUGCAUUGUGGCUCAUGAAUGGCUUUUCCUGCUAUGAUCUUAGAAACCGUUUCUGUUUUUCCAUGAGCAAGCAUUUGAGAUGUAUUCCAGUUCGAAAUGGGGAGACAACUAUCAUCAACAAAUCUUUUCGUUGUUGUCAUUGUGCAACACAGCCGUAUCGAGUCAAACAAUGGAAGCAUUUGAUUAAUGUCAAUUUUUUUUUAAAUGGAA